AUGGUGGCUGGAGCAGCCGUGGUCCCAGCCUCCCUGGCUUGGCUCUGGGCUCAGGUCUCGUGCUGCUGGCGGAGCCCCUCGACACUGGCCCUCUCCCUCGUAGCGCUUGCCCUGCUGCUCGACUAUGCGAAGCGGAGGAACAGAUGGAGUCACCGUCCGCCAGGACCCGCCCCGCUCCCUUUCAUCGGGCACUUGGCACUUUUCGAUAGGAAGAAACCACAUGAAUUCUGCACAAACAUGGGAAAAAAGUUUGGACCAAUGUGCCUGUUCCAGGCUGGGUGGACAGAUAUAAUCCUACUAAGCGGGUUCAAGACGAUAAAGGAGGCACUGGGACAAAAGGCCGAGAGCUUUGCCGACCGACCACCGGUGCCGAUGCUGAGGGUCGCAGGCCGCGCACCGCGUUGUGCAGGAAUAAUCAUGGCAAGGUGCAGUGAUGGCUGGAGAGAGCAGAGGAGAUUUUGUCUCAAAACCCUGAAAAACUUUGGGAUGGGGAAAAAAACACUUGCAGUGCGAGUGUCUGAAGAAGCCAGACAUUUGUGUUCUGAAUUAAAAUCCAAAGAUGGUUCCCUGUUUGAUCCACGAAACAGCAUCUUCAGGGCAGUUGGGAAUAUUAUCUGUGCUCUAACCUUUGGAGAACGCUUUAAAUACACUGAUAAGACCUUCUUGAAGCUAAUGCAUUUGGUUGAGGAGGUCAUGGGAGGACUAACCAAAAUCAUGGCUCAGGUGUGUUCUAAAGUUUGA